AUGCGGGAUGAAGCUAGACCACGGCGUCACAGCGGUGGGCUAUACUAUAGCGAGAACAGCAAGGACUACUGGAUCAUGAAGAACUCGUGGAGCGCUAGCUGGGGUGAGGCCGGCUACAUCUGCAUGAGGCCCAACGUGCACAUGGCCACGGGCAAGUGCGACAUCACCAUGGAUAUGUACUACCCGAGCAAGAAUCGUCCCAGGGCGAAUAGGACCGCACAGUCGAUCUGUGCUGGAACUACAUAUGUGGUCCUAGCGUAG